AUGGCCUUCAACCAGGUCACCGCGACAUCCUUGACCCCAUCGCGGCCUGCACCGGCUGCGCCUAUGCGCCGCGGGCCCGACGUCGGCAACGCACUCGCUUCAUCCGGCUACGCCUCCUCGUUUUCUGUAGGCAUGUCCUCGCCAUCUGGCUCAUCAUACGCUCCAUCCUACUCGGGCAUCGGCGCAUCACCAAUUCGCAACACUGACAUGUACUCGGGCUCGGAGGUCGUCAGGGCUGGGAUGGUAGCGGUGAAGGAAGACGGGAUCGUCAGCUGGCUUUGGCGGCCAAAGUGGUUGGUGUUGAGGGAGGGCACGCUGUCUAUGCACAAGAGCGAGACGUCUCCACAACAUCAAUACCUCAUCCCAAUAUCUGAAAUUGCCAACAUCGAGCGGACAGACCUCAAGCCAUAUUGCCUCCUGCUCGAGACGAAAGACAAGCGGUGGUUCCUGUCGUUGAAGAGCGACGAGGAGCUCUACGGCUGGCAAGAUGACAUCUAUUCUCGAAGUCCAAUGGCAGGCGUCAGUAACCCGACGAACUUCGUCCACAAGGUCCAUGUCGGUUUCGAUCCUGUGUCCGGAGCGUUCACGGGUCUACCGGAAGCCUGGAGCAAACUACUCACGAAGUCCGCUAUUACACGAGAAGACUAUGCGAGAGAUCCACAGGCCGUGCUCGAUGUCCUUGAAUUCUAUACCGACCACCAGAAGCGGGAGAUGGAGGAGUUGGGAGUGGGUUAUGGUCCAUCUCUGUCGCCUUCAGGCCCCUCUAGUGCAAGCAGCAUGAGCAACUCAAGCCUCUCACCGUACUCCGACUCCUCUAGCGCACCCCGUUUCAAUGCUGGCACUGGCUUUGGCGGUGCAGGCAUGGGCAAGAUUUCCCCUUUGGAGGGGCGGCCCUCCAUAUCGCGACAGGACUCCGCACCUACAGGCUUGAACGGUACCGAUACCGUCUCAAGCACCCCCGCCGCGCUCGCACGCGCUGCUGAGCUCGUCAACGGCUCGGCAGUGCAGCACGCAAACACCAUCUCCGCCGCCCAGACGAACCAGGGCAUGCGCCCCGGCCUCGCGCAGGGCAUGUCCCCCGGCUCGCUCACACCAUCGCGCCCGCUCCCGCUCGCCCACUCUCGCCAACCGUGCUGCACCCCCCGCGCCGAAGCGCAGGGCCCGCAUGGCGGCGAUGGGCAAGUGUCGAAGCCACCGGGGCUGAACGGCGAGGCGCGGGCUGAGCAGGAUAAGCGGCCGCAGAUGGUGCCGAGCAAGACAUCUCCUGCGACUAGCCAGCCGGCGUCGCAGCCCGUUAACGGCGCGCUGGCGCGACGCGCAGCCGCGCUGGAGAAGCCGAAGGAGAAGGAGAAGCGGAUAAGCACGAUGAACGAGGCGCAGAUCAUGGAGAAGCUGCGCAACGUGGUGAGCCAGACAACCCGAAGUCGUUGUACAGCAAGAUUCGCAAGGUCGGCCAAGGAGUGCAGGUUGGCUAUGUACGAGCGUAGUGCAUCGGGACACGUCUAUGUCGCGAAGACGCUUGCGACGGGCAAGAUGGUUGCUAUUAAGGAGAUGGACCUGUCGAACCAGCCACGCAAGGAGCUCAUCGUCAACGAGAUCUUGGUCAUGAAGGAGUCCCAGCAUCCAAACAUAGUCAACUUCCUCGAGUCGUACCUUGUCAAGAACAACGAGCUCUGGGUCGUCAUGGAGUACAUGGAGGGUGGUGCGCUGACGGAUAUCAUCGAGAACAACACACUCGAGGAGGAUCAGAUCGCGAGUAUCUCUUUUGAGACUUGCAAGGGCCUCGGGCAUUUGCACAGCCAGAGCAUCAUCCAUCGCGACAUAAAGUCCGACAACGUGCUCCUGGACGCACAAGGCCAUGUCAAGAUCACCGACUUCGGUUUCUGCGCGAAACUCACUGACCAGAAGUCGAAGCGUGCGACGAUGGUGGGCACACCGUACUGGAUGGCACCGGAGGUCGUCAAGCAGAAGGAAUACGGCGCCAAGGUGGACAUCUGGUCCCUCGGUAUCAUGGCUAUCGAGAUGAUCGAAAACGAGCCACCAUACCUCGAUGAGGAGCCGCUGAAGGCUCUGUAUCUCAUCGCAACGAACGGCACGCCGACGCUGAAGAAGCCGGAGGCGCUCAGUCGGGAGCUCAAGGGCUUCUUGAGCGUAUGUCUUUGCGUGGACGUCAAGAGCAGGGCAACAGCGGACGAGCUCCUGGAGCAUGACUUCCUGAAGAAAGCAUGUGCGUUGUCGGGCCUCGCACCUCUGCUGCGGUUCAGGAAUAAGCAAGCAUCGUGA